UCUUCAAGGCCUGCUCUAUGAUAUUUUAUUUAUUUAUACAACAGCAGUUAGGUAGGGGAAGAAUAUUGCAUUCAGGUGGGUCCCGUCAUUCAGGUAUUCCGGGCAAUGAAAGGGCAGACAAGCAAGAAAAUGUUGAAAUUAAUAUUAAGUUAUCUAAAUCAAAAGGAAAGAGCAUAGUGUGGAAUGAAACAAUGGACAAAUGGCAGCAGCAGUGGCAUGAAGAAACAAAGGGGAGGCAUUUAUAUUCUAUACAAAACAGAGUGGGUGUAUCAAGAGAUAAUGGUAUGAGUAGGAAAGAACAAGUUAAUUCUAAGCAGAAUAAGAAUGGGGCAUAGCAACCCUAAUGGCACUCUUCAUAUUAUGGGAAAACACCCAACAGGAAUGUGCAGCCAGUGUCAGGAGUACGAGACGGUUGAGCAUGUUCUAAUAUCUUGCGGGAAAUUUACUCAAGAAAGACAAGAAAUGAUGACCCAGCUACAGAGUUUAGGACGAGUAGAGGCAAAUGUUAAAAGUAUUUUGGAAUGUGCAGAGAAACAAAAAGGCUGGAAAUAUUUAUUAGGUUUUUUUUAAAAGAAACUGGACUGGACAAGAGAAUAGAGUGUAAAGGAAAUUUAGUACAGUAGGUGGCAGUAAUGCAACAAAUUGGAUGCCAGCUGCCGUAAAACCCCAAAGAAGAAGAAGAUUUCCUCCAGUCCAGCAGGACGCAGCAGAGAGCAGGUUUAGCAGACUGAAGGGAUCAGAGAAGAAGACAAGAGGAGACAAUGAAUGUAAUCUGGAGUGGAAGAUCAUCUACGUGGGCUCAGCUGAGAGUGAGGAGUACGACCAGGUCCUGGACUCGGUUCUGGUCGGCCCAGUUCCUGCAGGCAGACAUAUGUUUGUCUUUCAGGCGGACGCUCCAAACACAGGGCUGAUCCCUGAGAGCGACGCAGUGGGCGUGACCGUCGUGCUGAUCACAUGCACAUAUCGGGGACAGGAAUUCAUUCGCAUUGGUUACUAUGUAAACAAUGAGUACACAGACCCUGAGCUGCGGGAAAACCCACCUGUCAAGCCCGACUACACACAGCUGCAAAGGAACAUCUUGGCGUCUAACCCCCGCGUGACCCGUUUCCACAUUAACUGGGAGGCGACUAUGGACAAGAUGGAGGAUUCGGAGAAUGUAGACCCCGCCCCCAACGCCAUGCUCCCGCCCACCUCCAUGCCUGGCAAAGCCCCGCCCCUUGGACUCAUGCCUGACAACUCUAUGGACUGCUUGUAGAGCCUGAACACAACAACAGCCUCAUGCAUAAAGUAAUAAAUGUGUUAUUUUGUAUUCAUACACCUACAUGUUCUUACAGUUGAGACACACACUCAUCUCAAUCCUGUGGCACUGCUCUGAUCACACAGCUGAAGCGCUCAGGCAGUCGAGGGACUUUGUCUUGCGCUCCCUGUCCUGAACAGCAGGGGGCGGGACCUGCAGCACCAGCAGACAUGGACUGUUUUCUUCUGUUUUUCUGUGGUGCACAUCACUAGUGAGGUGAAUCCCAUAAAAAGCAUGUUCGGUUUGCAUUUUCUUAGAAAUUAUAUUUUGCAUAAAGACAAAGAAGCAUUUUAGGACCAUUAGUAUGUUUGCGUUUUGAAAUUGUUGACACAUUUUCACCCCCA